AUGGUAGACCCCAAGAGAGUUGUCAGUUAUGAAGAUAUGUUGAAAGUUAUUCAUCAACCUGAAAAAGUCAUUAUUGAUGUGAGGAAUAAAGAUGAAAUCAAUGCAACAGGAAAAAUACCGUCCAGCAUCAAUAUUCCAUUGGGUCAAGUACAGAAUGUUCUAACAUCCAUGUCAGAAGAGGAAUUUCAAAAGCAUUUUCAGCGCAGAAAACCAACAUCAUCAGAUGAAUUGAUUUUCUAUUGUCAAUCUGGACGGCGCUCCACUGAAGCCCUUGACAAAGCCCUGAAACUUGGUUAUUCAAACUCCAAGACCUAUCUCGGCAGCUGGAAUGAUUGGUCUAGCAAGCAAAAA